GGAUAUUAACAAAACUAACUUAAGAAGAUGGAAGAAGGCCAACUGGAAGGCUCAAAUCUUCCUGCAAAAACGUGGCAUUCUGAGGUGACUGUGUCAGUGACAGGCGAACCACCUAGUGUUGUAGAAGAGGAAGAAACAGCCAAAGAAACAAGCAUAGAUACCAUCCCAGAAGUCAUAGAGCCACUUUCCAUUCUAGAUGUGCUGAGGAUCUCUGCAGUUCUGGAGGAUACCACAGACCAGCUCUCUAUUCUAAACUAUAUCAUGCCAGUUCAGUAUGAAAGAAGACAAAGUUCCAGCAUGAAGAAAAACAAUGAAAUUAAUUUAGAAGAAAAAAGUUCAGAAAAACCUCCAGCAGUCUCAAGAACCUCAAAAAUUUCCAGUGUGUUCUUGCCUAGCGAAGAACCAAAGCUGGCAGAAAUCAGACAAGGAGGCCAAUUUGUCAAUGGAUUUAACAAAAUGCAAGAUUUUGUCCUCCAAAAACCUACCAGGCAGACCAUAAUUACUACAGAGACACUGAAGAAAAUUCAGAUAGAUAGGCAGUUUCUCAGUGAUGUGAUUACAGAUACCAUGCAGGAGUUGCAAAAUUCAGGCACUUUCACCAAUCUCCUGAAAUCUUUAAGUGAGGAGAGGGAAAACAAAAUGCAUUUCUAUGAUAUCAUUGCCAGGGAGGAAAAGGGAAGAAGGCAAAUAAAAUCUCUUCAAAGACAACUUCUUAAUGUCAAAAGAGAACGGCAGGUUGAAGUACAGAGUCAGAAUGAAUAUAUUGCCCACCUCAAGGACCAGUUGCAAGAGCUGAAGGCAAAAACUAACAUGGAAAAUCAUUAUAUGAAGAGAAACACUGAGCUGCAGAUUUCUCAGACCCAGAAAAAAUGUAACAAAACAGAGGAGCUGUUGCUGGAAGAAAUUGAGAAACUAAGGUUAAAAACUGAAGAAGAGAACCAGAUUCAUAUGGAGAUUGAAAUAUUCCUUCGAAAGGAGCAGCAGAAACUUGAGGAGAAGCUAGAGUUCUGGAUGGAGAAAUUCGAUAAGGACACAGAAAUGAAACAGAAUGAACUGAAUGCUCUCAAAUCUGCUAAGGCCAGUGACUUAGCACGCCUUCAAGACCUUGCAAAGAUGAUAAGGGAGUAUGAACAGGUCAUCAUUGAAGAUCGUAUAGAAAAGGAGAAGAACAGGAAGAAUGUAGAACAGGCUUUCUUGGAAUUAAAGAGCGCCAUAAAGCUCCAGGCCUGGUGGCGAGGCACUGUAGUGCGGAAUGAAAUUGGUGGUUUCAAUAUGCCUAAGAAGGACAGAGAUGAUAGCAAGGAUUCAAAAGGUAAAGGCAGAGGCACAGGCAAGCGGAGAGGCAAGAUACAGUGA